UCUCCUCUUCCUUUCUCCCUGCCUCCCUCCGCAUCUGUUCUUCGCUGUUUUCUCUCUGACUGCCGUUACUGUCUCAGACUAUCGUUUCUGCAACUUCUCCCGUCUUCACUAGUCCCUCUCUCCCUUCAUCUAUAAGCUUUCUUUUUCUUGGUCUUCCUUGAGAGAGAGUGAGAGAGAGAAGGAGGGAGAGAGAAAAGAAGAAGAAGAAGAAGAAGAAGCAUAGACGCCAUCCGCCCUCCUUCCUCCUCUCUAUUUGGUGCCACAGUUCAGCGGCCAUGGCUGCAAAAGGAUGGUGGAAGGCCGCCUGGACACCGGGCAUCGGGCGGAUCCUUCUCCUCUCAGCUGUGAUCCUGAUCCUAGUUGCUGCGGCGGCGGCGACGGUGGUGGUGGACAAUAGAAGACGGCCUCCCGGUGUUGCAUUAAUGGUGAAAACUGACCAGCAUCAAAUUCAGAGACUAAUCGAAGAGUGGAGAGUGCAGGGCCGGGAGGAGUCCCAGACGUGGCAGCCUUCUUUGCUGCCCCACCGCGGCAGUGGCAGCGGCAGCGGUGGUGGUGGCGGCAGUAGAGAUUUCAAGAGCAAGAAGAGACAAUUGAUCGGGUCAUGGCCGCCCACAUGUAGAGCCAAGUGCGGUGGGUGCGCGCCUUGCCAGGCGGUCCAUGUCCCAAUCCAACCAGGCCGGAGCAGCCCACUUGAGUACUACCCGGAGGCUUGGAGGUGCAAGUGUAGGAACAAGCUCUUCCUGCCCUAGACAUAGACAAUUCUGCUCUGGACUGCCCCAAUUCCAAAACUGCCCCCGGCCAUCCACAAAACAGAGGUUCACAUGGGACAUAUAUUUGUCCGCAAAUUAAAGGCCCAUGAGAAUGAAAAUACUGAGAAAACAUAGGUACUGAAGAGGAAUAAGUGAGAAGUAAGGGCGGUGCCGGGAAAUCAAAGGAAAGACAGGGUGGUGUCAAUGUUUGGCACGUGAGGGGGCGUACCCUUUUUUUUGUGUACAGGCUUUAUACGCGUACGGAGGUGUUGGAGAAAGGGUUGCAUGUGUAUGGCGUUUGUUGUCAUACAUUGUUUUGUCGCUCAGCCAAUUUGGUGCGGCCAUCUCUUUUUCACCAACUUCUGGGGAAGGGCAAAAUUCCUCGGUAUUGUAACACUCUUUACAGCGGUAAAAAAAAAAAGAGGCAGGGUUAAAAAUUUGGAGUAUUUGUAUCCCAUGUAUAUUUUUUUAUGAGCUUUUGAUUUCUUGUUUAUUUUUUGAAGUUGUAAAUGUCGUCUGCUAAUAUGUUUCUUUUAAUUUCGAUGCAACGAGAAAAUAAGAAGGUUCUGUUUUUA